CCAGAGACCAUGAGAUUUCCUAAUUUGGAGAAUUUGACAUCCUUGCAAUUCCUGGUGUUGAGAAAUUGCUCCAUCCAUGAUUUCAUUCCAAAUUACAUUGGUAAAAUGGAAGCCUUAUCUACUCUAGAUUUGAGCUUCAACAAGUUGACCGGUAAAAUCCCAAACAAUAUAAAUGAUUUGACCAACCUAACGUACAUGUUUCUAACUGAAAAUUGUCUGAGUGGAAAAAUUCCUGAAUGGAUAGUGCAAAACAAAUUUGAUUAUUUUGAUCUAUCUUACAACAAUUUUUCCGAGACUUCAACACCUAAUUGUCAGUACAAUAAUAUAAACUUGGCUUCGAGCCUAUCAUCUUCAGCAAACACCACAAGUACUUGCCUGAAAAGGGGCCUUCCUUGUGGAGGAAAACCCAAGUAUCAUUCAUUGUUCAUAAAUUGUGGAGGACCAGAAAUUGAAUAUGACGGAAAUAAAUACGAAGCCGACACAAAUCCUGGGAGUAUCUCAUACUUUUUUGCUAGUGAUGAUGAGAAAUGGGCUUAUAGCAGCACAGGAGUAGUAUACUUCAGAAGAUAUGAUAAUUAUUACAUGGCAAAAAAUAGAUAUUCUCUCAACAUUACCGGUCCAGGAUUCUACCAAACAGCUCGUUUAUCCCCUUUGUCUCUUAAGUACUAUGGCCUCUGUAUGAUUAAUGGAAAUUACAACGUCAAAUUACACUUUGCUGAGAUUAUGCUCUCUCAUGACCAAAAUUUCAGCAGCCUAGGAAGCCGCAUAUUUGAUGUUUCAAUUCAAAGUAAGCAAUAUUUGAGUGAUUUCAACAUUAUGAAGGAAGCUAAUGGCGUAGGUAAUGGCAUAGUUAAGGAAUUUAACAUUGAUGUCACUAAUAACACCUUGGGGAUUCAUUUAUAUUAUAGACAGAAAGGAACUAGCUCUGUUCCCGAUUAUGGUGCAUUUGGACCUCUUAUAUCUGCUAUUUCAGUCACCCCAAACUUCAAAAUUCCUUCAGAAAGGCUUUCUACUGGAGCUAUUGCUGGAAUUGUGGUUGGAUCAUGUGUAUUCCUCAUUCUAAUAGUAUUCAUCCUUCAAAAGAUGGGUUUUCUAGGUGGCAAAGAUUCAAAACACAAACAACUUUUGGAUUUAAAAACAAGUUAUUUCUCUUUAAAACAAAUCAAUGAUGCAACUAAUAACUUCGCCCCAGAAAAUAAGAUUGGCGAAGGAGGUUUUGGACCGGUGUACAAGGGUAUACUUUCAAAUGGUAUUGCAAUAGCUGUGAAAAAGCUUUCCUCUAAAUCAAAGCAAGGGAAUCGUGAAUUUGUUAAUGAAAUUGGAAUGAUAUUUGCUUUGCAACACCCAAACCUUGUAAAGCUUUAUGGAUGUUGUGUUGAAGGAAACCAAUUGUUGUUGAUAUAUGAGUACAUGGAGAACAAUAGUCUUGCUAGUGCUCUUUUUGGUGGCCAAGGACAAAAGAUGCAUUUGGACUGGCCCACAAGAAUGAAGAUAUGCAUAGGAAUAGCAAGAGGAUUAGCUUAUCUUCAUGAGGAAUCAAGGUUGAAAAUUGUGCACAGGGAUAUUAAGGCAACAAAUGUCUUACUUGAUAAAGAUUUGAAUGCCAAGAUUUCAGAUUUCGGAUUAGCCAAACUUGAUGAAGAUGAGAAUACUCAUAUAAGCACAAGAAUAGCCGGAACAAUGUCAGUACUCUACUACAUAUUUUCACUAUAUCAAAUUUCAAAUUUGGUAUAA